AAAUCUCCAAUUAGGCAUGUCAGCGUUACUGCUCCAGGAGAAUGGUCCCUUAUCUUCGAAAUAUCAGGUAUGUUUCUGCUUCAAGGAGAAAAAAACCAAAUGAAGAAUUUACGUUGGUGCAUGUUUAGCCCAAAUCUCUUUUCCACAUUUUCCAUUUAGACACGUGGUUAGGUUCUAUUGCUCAAUACGUAUAUACUUGACAUUUUGAAGUCCUCUCAGCUCAUUUAUUUCACCACAAAGCUGUUCAUUGAAAUAUAUGACGGACGGGACAACGGAUCAGUGAGGACACACUGUUUCCCUGUGAUGACCACUGACAGUGGACAAGAAUCACUCACGCCUCAGGACAUGUCCAUUAUUCAAUAUUACCUUUCAAAUGACUCUAAUGUUCAGUAAUGUAAACGAUGGACCCAGUCUUCCUGUAAUCCCAGCCCAAUGGAGCCGCAAUAAAACCCAGGGUUCAUGGCAGACAGGCAGGUAGAGUCCUACAUCAUGCCACGUGCCAAGUUGUCAUAACGCCGGCCGCCGUGUACAUUUCAGUCUUGGGGAGCUCCGACAGGAGCAACUUUCUCAAAAUGGCGGACAUGGGGUUUGGGUCUAUAUAUCUUGGAAUGUUUUUGUCCGUUGGAAUUCUUUGUCAGGUCUCUGUAGGCGCUGUAGUCCAAGAAGUUCACGUAGUCCCAUCUCAAGGUCAAACCCCGGGAGGCCAACAGCCACACUAUGCUCCCCCGAGCGGGCAAUACCCCCAGGCUCAACAUCCCUACCCUGGGGGCUACCCCCCUGAAGCCCACCCCCCGUAUGCCACCCCUGGGCUAGGCGAACAGUACCCUGGUGCAGCAGCACAGGGCUCGUACCCCGCUGUAGCAUACCCCCAGCAAGGAGCGGAACCCCAGGCAGCAGGAUUUAACGCCAACACUGCAGGACAGCUGACCCCCGGGCAGUCUCCCGGGGAUGUUGCUUACACAGAUCCUUUCGCAGCUCCGGCCCAAACUGCAUACCCCCAAGGGGGUCAGCCAUACCCAGCGUCAGACCCUAGUGCACAGGCUGCAUACCAUGGGGCUCCGUCAGCUGGUUACCCUCAGGCUCAGCAACCGGGGCCUCAGUACCAAUACCCGUCUCAGCAGUACCCCGGCCCGGUGGCUCAGUAUAGUCAGGGUCAGUACCCACCCCAGGGAUCUCCAUUUCAAACUCCCCCUGCCUACAUGGCUCCUUCGGGCUACCCUGGGCAACAAGGUUACCCGGAUCAGGGCUAUCCUCAAACUCCUGCAGCUGCAACUGCAGCAGCAGCAGCAGCAGCUUAUGCUCAAGCUCAGAAUCAGUCAGACCAAGCAUGGCCGGGAGCGAGUUUUCAAGGACCUGCAAGUCCUCAAGGCGUACCUGCUGCACCAGCUCAACCAGCGCCUGCUGAGGUUCAGGGUCAGGGUACUACUAGCACCUUCCUCAACCCUGCAGGUGUUGCUGACGCGGGUGUUGCUGCAACCGCUGUUGCCGACACUCCUGCUCAAGGAGCGAAUGGCUCUCCUACACUCAAGACCUCGUCUGUUGCGACUCAAAAAGCCGAAUACCCUAGCGGCAACGCUAUACCAAAUCCAACAGGUGGCUUCGUAGCACAAGGCACAAAUCCAGCCCAGUAUAAAUACCCAGACAGAAAGCCACUCAUGGGUGCUCCUGGUUUCCCAACAGCUGUAGCUGAUGCUCAAGUCAAAGCAGGAGCCGGAACACCGGCGUUUCCCCCAGCCGCCCAACAAACCAUCCCCGUGGCUCAAUACCCUCCUGCUCAGUACCACUCUUUACCCUACCCAGGCAAGGGCCCAACCUCCGUCCCUCACGGCUACCCCCCUAGAGGAUACCCUUACCCAGGACCCUACCAUCCCCAUCCACCAUACGGGAUGUCCCCAUACCAUGGAGGCAUGGGCCACGCCCCAUAUCCUCACGGUCAACACGCAAGGCCUUACCAAGGGGGCCCCCACCCCCCACCCCAUGCAGGACAGGCACCACCCCAAGGGGCAAGGGGCGGACCCAACGGUCACCCUCCAAAUCACGUAGGUCAACCCGUACGUCCUGUCCCCGUCACAACAACACCCAUACCCUACACCACGCCUGGGGCCACGCCCUUCCCCCCGGAGCUGAGAUGCUACAUGCAGAGUGAAUGUGAGCUAGGGUGUUGCUAUGCUGAAGACGGCUCCAUCCUCUGGGACCAUCACAACAAUUACGGGAAACAUGGAUACUGCUACCAGAAGACGGCAACUAUACCCGGAGAAGGAUGUCACCCAGCACUGUGCCCUUGUCAAGCUGAUCAGAAAUGCACGAGCGUUCCUUCUGAGAAUGCGACACUUCCUACUGGGGCGGGCGAGGCGGCUGAAGGAGCCUACUUCGGCAACCCCAAGUGCUACAACCACGAGCAGCAGCUCCAGAUUCGGGAUUGGCUCAAGAAACUAGAGACAAUCGUGCGAGCGUGUCGGCUGGACUACCUGUGCCCGCUCAGACAAGCUCACUGAACAACCAACCUCGGUGUAGGAUGUGCAACAUCAGAUGAAGAGAUUUUAAUAUUUAUUUUUCAAAUUCUUGUCAAAUAUCCACUGAAACUAAUGUCAGCAUGUGUAAGCAAUAUUUCUAGUGAUAACGAAGGUGGAUUUGCUGUGGUGACCUAAAUAUGGAAACCUGCAAAAAGUACCUUGACAUAAUUCGGGUCUGGUUGAGACUUCGUUGUUCUUUUAAUGAAUGGUUAACUGACGCUAUAAGAAGGAAGUUAUUUCGAGCAUGUGCCAAAGAUUGUUACUAAUCUGGAGCAUGCAUUUAACAGAAUCAAUAACGUUCUUCAUUCUGUGAAUGAUGCUGCGGUAUGACUCUAGAUAUAUAUAUGCUGCAUUGACUUCGACGUGGGUAUUAUAAAGGAGAAAAUAAAUAAAGAAUUUGUACAA